AUGGCAUCCACCUCUGUGGACAACACCGGUAAUGCGGCUAUCUCUACACAGGACGCAGCCAAGUUCGCCAUUGACCAUCCCACAGGCUUCCUGCAGCACCCGUAUACCCGUGCUGCUCUGCCUUUCAUCAAUGGUGGUCUGGCAGGUAUGACCGCUACAGUCGUGAUCCAGCCCGUCGAUAUGGUUAAGGUUCGCCUGCAACUCGCCGGAGAGGGCGCACGUACUGGUCCCCGCCCAUCUGCCCUCGGUAUCACUCGUGAUAUCAUCGCCUCCGGGAAAGUCCUCGAUCUGUACACUGGUCUGUCUGCUGGUCUCCUCCGCCAAGCCGUGUACACCACCGCGCGUCUAGGAUUGUUCGAGACCUUCAUCAAGAAGAUCAACACUCGUGCCGAAGCCGCAGACCGAAAAGUCACUUUCGCCGAGCGCGCCGGCGCCGGUCUCACUGCCGGCGGACUGGCAGCCAUGAUUGGAAACCCAGCGGACUUGGCUCUUGUGCGCAUGCAGUCUGAUGGUCUCAAGGCCCCCGAAGCCCGCGCCAACUACCGUUCCGUGUUCGACGCCCUUGCUCGCAUCACUCGUGCCGAGGGAGUCGCUGCUCUGUGGGCUGGUGCCUCGCCGACCGUUGUCCGCGCCAUGGCCCUCAACAUGGGACAAUUGACUUUCUUCUCCGAGGCCAAGUCUCAGCUUAAGCAGCACACCUCUCUGUCUACUCAGUACCAGACCUUUGCCGCCUCCGGUAUCGCCGGUUUCUUCGCUAGUUUCUUGUCCCUGCCUUUCGAUUUCAUCAAGACUCGUCUCCAGAAGCAGCAGAAGGACCCCAAGACCGGUGCCCUGCCUUACAAGGGCAUGGUGGACUGUGCGCGCAAGGUCGCCAAGGAAGAGGGUUGGUUGCGGUUCUACCGCGGCUUCGGAACUUACUACGUUCGGAUCGCUCCUCAUGCAAUGGUCACUCUCAUCGUGGCUGAUUAUCUUAAAAUCCUCACCAAGUAA